AUGGCACCCUCAGCAUCGGGCUAUCUGGCGGAGUAUCCACUCAUCAGAGUGGACAGGUUCACGGACAACCGUGUGCAAGUUCCAGCGCAUCUUUCAGCAGAAGCGCUGGCUGAUCUACCCGCUGGCAGCUCCCAUUUUCCCUCUCCUGCUCUCUACCUCUUGUCACACAUUGUGAGUAUGGACUUGUAGCGCUGGUCUCUCGCUUGAGCUCACUUGAGGGAGUGUGUGUCUCUACGCAGCAUACGGAUCACUUGUGCGGAUUGGAGCAACACCGCCAUAAUAGCGCUCCGAUCUACUGCAGUCCCACGACCAAAAAGCUCCUGCUGCGCUUCGAACGAACUGCGACGCGGGUGGAGAAGGAUGCGGGAAGGGGCGACAUUGUCAGACCUUAUUCCGACUUGUUCCUGACACCGGAACAGUGCCGGGUCAGGAAUCGGCGAUUUGGUGAUGAUCAUUCCAAAAAGGGAGGUGGUCAGGGCAGAGACUUACUGGUACGCAUCAAUGGCAACGUCCAGCCUGUUCAUCCAGGACGAACCUGACAUUGAUGCUCCAUUUGCCACAGCACGCCAUCGAACUUCGUACUCCAACCAUCGUGCCCUACGCAGGUAGAAUGCACGUGCGCCUGACGUUGCUGGACUCGAAUCACAUGGCUGGCUCCGUGAUGUUCCUCGUAGAGGGAGAGCGAGGCGCGGUGCUUCAUACCGGCGACUUGCGAGCUGAGCCCGUCUUCCUACACGCGCUCUCGAGAGACCACUUGAUGUUACCGUAUCUAUCGAGGAGUAAUGAGAGCAUCCAUGGCAGUGCUCCGCCUUCGCCCAUUCGAUCGGUGGCGUGCAGCUCUACCGCGGCGGCAGCAGAGUCACUCGGAUCGAGUCAGUCUCACCUGCCACCUCGCGACUUUCAAGUAAGGUACGGCCCACUCUUGAACAUUUACGUAGACGAUGAGAGGAUGUCAGCCGUACUUACUUCUCCGACGAAGAUUCAAGCUGAAGAUAUGAUGAUCUCCUACAUGCGGCAAUAUCCGUCCGAUACUAGGUUCUUCCUCGACGCUUGGUGCUGGGGGUACGAGGGCAUCAUUCACCGCGUGCACAAGGCGUUUGGCGAAAAGGUUCACGUUGACAGGUACAAAUUCGGCAUGUACAGAGCUGGUUCCGAGGUAGAUUUUCACCUGCCAUCCCGAGUGCACGUCAAGUCUCAUAUGGAUGGGGGUAGAUUCCACGCUUGCGAGAGGAUGGACAGGUGUUCUUUGGUGUCAAGAGAGGCUCAAGCUACGCAUCCUCAACCUUCUCUCGUCGUAGACAUCAAAUUCGGUGCCGGCUCAAAUUGGAUGCAGCGACGAGUCGACACCGAGAAGGCAUUACAUGCUGCUGCUAAGGGAGAUGUGCCGUGGCCAACAUGCCUCAUAGUACCAUUCGAACGGCACAGCUGCCUCUCAGAGAUCAAAAGCUUCAUCGCUCUCUUCCGGCCGCUGCAAGUGACCUCAAACACUGCUAAUCUUGAGAAUUGGUUCUUGAUGUCAAAGACUUUCACAGCUAUGCUGGCGCCAGGAGCGAGAGAGCGCAUGGAAGUGUCAACCAAAGGCAAUCUCGGUACUCAGUUGUGGGCUCUAUUUGAAGACGCUUGGACUCACGUCACAAGGCAAGGGAGCGUGAUGGCGCAGCCUGGUCGUACUUCUUGGAAGGACGAGGAGCACAUUCAGGCAGAAUGGACGCGCUUUCGAAAGACAUUCAAGCGAAAGCUUCUGCGUUAUGCAGCCUCUUCGGAAAAGUUUGACGAAAUCCAAUUCGCAAUGGAGAAGAGGAAGCACACAAUUAAGAUUGCGAACAAUGCCAAGCCUGACCACAUCAACUCAGAAGAUGAGGACGAAGCAGCUCACCAACAAGCACCAAUUCCCAGCGAAGAGGGUUAUCUGGGGGACAUUAGCGGCAUGCCAGGCAUGGCUGCCGGCGCAAUCCGAUCACCAGAAGGCUCGAUUGAGGAUCUGCUGUCCCGGGCUGGGCCCAUGCCACCCGCUCACGUCCGCAAGCGCAAAGGGCCGCCCCCAGCCAUUGAUCAGCGGUCUUGCACAGCCACAGCCACAGUUCUAGACGAAGAGCUGGCGUCCAGGUAUCUGGCCUAUGCGCAAAUGUACCUCGGCUGGAGGAUACUCAACACCGACAGGGCUAGCCAGGUCCAAGCAUGGAAGCGCGUCAGGCGGAAGAAGCCAGACCUUGCUAGCCGGGUUGAAGAAGCGCUGCACACUGAGCUGGGAGUUUUGCCACCUGUCUGGAAACUUGGUCGUACAUCAUCUUCCUCAACCGCAAGCGAUUUGAAGGCCGCUGAAUUAGUCGACAAGAGUUCGAUGGGCCCUGCAAAUCAAGGUACACCAAUACGCAACGCGACUUUGAGCGUAGGCCGAGAAGUGGUACAAGACGCGCCCGAACAGAUGGUCUGGAUCUCACCGGAGAGGACACUCAGCGGUACACGAGAUUCAAUCCAGGUUCAAACCCUGGGUGAUGCGGUGGAUCACUACCAGCCCCGUCGCGUGCCUCUAGGCGAAUUUCUGGAACGACGCAUCUCGAAGACGAAGGCCGGCAAUCAACAGACCCCCAUCAAUGACAUCAGGCCUGGGCUUGACACGAAAGCAGGCGCAUCAGUCGCCCAGGGCGAGGCCGCAGUGAUGGCACACAGAAGCGACCACCGCUUGAUACACGAUCUUUCAAGCGAGCGUUUCGUGCAGUCACACGUUUCCGAGAUAGAUACAGGAGCAAUCGGUAGGCCAGGCAUCCUACCUCCCGCUGAUGCAUUGGUCGGCUUUCCUCUCAAACAUGCGCAGUGUCAAAGUGACCCCAAAGCCCCAAAGGAGCUGACCGUCCAAAAUGGAUGGAAGGAGGGCUCAGCGCCCAGCACGAAGGCGCGCUUUAGAUUGGCUGCUAGUGGCAGGCACCACGCCCGACCCCUGGCGCAGCUCGAAGCUGCAGUGAAUGCGGCUAGUGGUUAUGCUCAACCGAUUCGGAGCUCAGUCCGCCUUGAAUGUCACGUUACGUCAGCUUAUGCGAUCGACGGCCAAACAAGCGCCUCAUCUCAGAACAAAACCACGCUGUUCACCAACAAUGCGGAGAACGGCGAAGUUGCGGUGCGGGCCAGCUACACGGACAUCCUCCGCUGCCUUGGCAAUGGCCAGGGCUGGCGGAUGACCACCGCUCAGUGCGACAUUUCGCACCUAAUUAGCAGGGACCUCUGCAAGGCGUUGUCGCUGGUGAAAACAAAGAACACUUUGUUGCCCGAUGCUACAGAAGCUUUUCGGUGCAUGCUGGUCAAUGUGACCAGGAUUGCGUCCAUCUACGGGCUUCUAGCCCGAUCGGAGAGAGCACGAAAGCUCUUGCCGCAAGUUGCCGCUCACUCCCGCGCACGUGAGCUUCACAGACUAGCUACAGGUGUCGCAAGUAUUUUGACAUGCGCGUCGCUGGACUGGCCUUGGCUUGCUGAACUUGAGCUUGCCUACAAGACUUUACAGUGGGCCAUCAAGACCCAAGUCCUCGACACACGCAAAAAGCGCGACGUCGGCGGAGUGCCGCCCAGCAUUAGUCUGCGCCGUGCUUGCGGCGCCUCUCUUGACCCCAGCACGACGACCAGCAGCAACGUACCGACCCUGCUCACCUUGAGCGGAGGCAAGCGCAGCGUCAGAUUCGAAGAUCUCCGCAUUGCAGCAGAUUCGCUCGGAUCGAGCAUGCCAACGCGCAAGAAGAGGAGGCUAGAUCAGCCCCUCUGCAGCACACCGCUAGCGAAAGCGGCUCGUUAG